AUGUGCUACUACAUGCCCAAUAAACCCCCAUGCACCUGCACCUACCUCCAGCUAAUCCAGCCUUGCUCACAAGUCCGCAUCUUCGCUGUCCCGGGAAGCCCCACGCCCCUGAUUCAAGUCUGUCCUAUCCGAUACAUUGCACGCGGCGUCGGACAGCGCUUCUGCGCUCUGUGCAGCCGGACUGCGGAUUUUGGUGGUAGUACCUCGACCGCCGCGGUUGGGCUUGUGGGAUACCCAGAACAGCAGGGAUUUGGGGGCUCGCAGUUGGAACCGUCAUCUCGACAAUCGCAGCAGCAGGCUACGCCUAUUGAUCCGUGUCUUGUCGGGGGAGGGAUUUCGAUUGGGGAUUUGUUGCUCCCGAUGGGGGAGGAGAGUAGGGGAGAGUUGGGGACUGCUGGGGAUGCGGAGAGGAGGGAUGAGGCGGGACAAAGCGCGCAGGGUUCUUCUUCUUCGGAGUUAUCCAUACAGUCGUUGGUGGUGCAGGACGAGGCGGGAGGAGGGUUGGUUGAGGAUGCAGUCUCGGGUGCGCAGGUUGCCAAAGUGCCAACGGUUUAG